AAAAGUCCGUUGUGGACACACGUGUGUCAGACAGGUGGGCGUCAUGUUGCUUUAUAAGGGAGCGGCCCUUUUCGAUUCUCACAGGCAGUCUGUCUCCUCUCGAAACACGAUGAAGUUUCUACUGUUGCUUUCGCUCAUUGCCGUCUCCCUCGUAGAGGGAAAAUAUCUGGUCUGUUACUUCAGCUCCUGGGCUACGUACAGGCCGGAUGCUGGCAAGUUCACGAUAGAAGACAACGACCCAAAUCUCUGCACUCAUCUCGUCUACGCCUUCGCCGGUCUUGGAUGGGACAAUGCGAUCAGGGUGCUGGAUCCCUACAAUGACCUUUGCGAGAACUACGGCAAGUGCGGUUACAACCGCUUCACCAACCUGACCCUGCAGAACCCCAAUCUUAAGACCACUUUGGGGGUUGGUGGAUGGAACGAAGGGUCCACGAAGUACUCUGAGAUGGCAGCUGAUCCCGCCAAGAGGAAGGUCUUCGUCGACUCAGCAAUUGCGCUGCUGAAGGAACAUAACUUCGACGGUCUGGAUAUGGAUUGGGAAUAUCCCACCCAAAGAGGAGGGGCACCAGAGGAUUAUGUUAACUACAUCAGCCUUAUGAAGGAGCUCUACGAAGCCCUUCACGCCGAGAACAUGAUCCUGACAGCUGCCGUGUCUGCUGGGAAGGCCACCAUAGACCCAGCCUAUAACAUCCCUGAGUUGUCCAAAUACAUCGAUAUUCUUCAUCUGAUGACCUACGAUCUGCAUGGCAGCUGGGAGCCAUAUACUCACCACCACUCCAUCCUCUACCCUCACCCUCUGGAUGAAGGAGACACCCUCUAUCUCAAUCAGGACUUCGCCGUUAACUACUGGAUUGAAAAGGGAGCGCCCAAGGACAAGAUAGUCAUGGGUAUCCCUCUGUACGGUCGUACCUUCAGGCUGAAGAACGAAGAGAACACAGGAAUCUAUGCUGAGGCACCCGGACCUGGUGGUGCUGGACCUUACACUAGGGAGGCUGGAUUCAUGGGUUAUAAUGAGAUUUGUGAGUUCCAGGCCAAGGAACCCUGGACAGUUGUUCAUGACCCAGAUUUGAAUGAGCCUUACGCCUACUACAUUCCAAACAACAACUUCUGGGUUGGCUAUGAAGAUGUGGAUUCUGUUGGAAUUAAGGCACAAUACACUGUGGACCAAGGACUGGCUGGAGCAAUGGUCUGGAGUGUGGAAACAGACGACUUCCACGGCACCUGCCACGGAAGUCCAUUCCCUCUCCUCAACAAGAUCAAGUCGACCCUUGGAAACUAAGUUCUAAGAGUCUACAUACUGUUGUACAGGCGCCUUGGAGUGCAAUGGUGACCUCAGAAAUCCUUCAACCUUUCAGUUUUCGAACAUCUUCCAAUUAUGAUGGAUGUAUUGUAUUUCGCAAUCCUGUAAAUGCUUAAGAGGUCUCCCAUAUGGUGCUCUGAUAAUAUUAAAAAUUCACUCAGUUAAA